CUGCGCCGCUGCUUAUUUUCUUGCCUUUGAUUCUUGAGCCUGCAUUUGCACUUUGACAUUGAACGCGCUGGACCGCACUGCACUGCCCUUUGACCUUACUACUGCCAGAUUCCACUCGACGACAAACACGAAGCGCAUAUCAACGCGACCAAGACAUUCCCACCCCCACAAAAUGGCUGCACGCGCCUUCGCCACCGUCCACCCCGUCACCACGGCCUCGCACGCCCACAAAGUGCUGAUCGUCGGCGGUGGCUCAGCCGGGCUCUCCAUCGCGCACCAACUCCUCCGCACAGGACGGUUCCAGGCGCGCGACAUUGCCCUCGCCGACCCCUCGCAGUACCACCACUACCAGCCCGGGUGGACGCUGGUCGGCGGGGGGCUGAAGAAGAAGGAAGACCUGCGGCAAGACUUAGCGGGGCUGGUGGACGAGCGGGUCAAGCUGUACGGCAGCGGGGUCAAGGUCGGCGGGCUGGAUGUGGGGCAGAAUGAGGUGGAGCUGGAGAGCGGGGAGCGCGUGGGGUACGAGCAUGUCGUCGUCGUGCCGGGGAUAAAGGUGGAUACCGCGAGUGUGAAGGGGCUGGGCGACGCGCUGCAGGACGGGCGGAGUGGCGUGUCGAGCGUGUACGGGUACGAGACGUGCGACAAGGUGUGGAGGGACGUGCAGGCCUUCAAAGGGGGCAAGGCCAUCUUCACCCAGCCGGCGGGCCUGAUCAAGUGUGCCGGCGCGCCGCAGAAGGUCAUGUGGCUGGCGUGGGACCACUGGGUCAAGAGCGGGCUGUACCGCGCGGCGGCGUCGUCGGCCAUUGACGUCUCCUUCGCGACGGGGCUGCCCGUCAUGUUCGGCGUGGGCAAGUACAACGCCGUGCUGGACAAGCUGCGGCAGGAGCGCGGCAUCGAGGGGCUGUUCCAGCACGACCUCGUCGCUGUCGACGGCGACAGAGCGACCUUUGCACGACCAGAUGGGGACAAGGUGGAGAAGCGCUUCGACCUGUUGCACGUCGUGCCCAAGAUGGGGCCCCACGCCUUCGUCAAGCAGAGCGCCCUCGCCGACGCCGCGGGCUACGUCGCCGUCGACCCCGCCACCCUCCAACACACCACCUACCCCAACGUGUGGUCCGCAGGCGACGCAUCGAGUCUCCCAACAAGCAAGACAGCCGCCGCCAUCACCGCCCAGGCCCCCGUGCUGGUGCACAACCUACUGCGCAGUCUGGAUGGCGCCGACAAGACUACAGGCGAGCCCCAAGCCUACGACGGCUAUACAUCAUGCCCGCUGACCAUUGGCGAGAGCAAGGUCCUGCUCGCCGAAUUCAAGUACGGCGGCGUGCCCAAGGAGACGUUCAACGCCCUGUUUGGCCUCGACCAGGGCGUGCCCAGACAGGCCUUCUACCACCUCAAGAAGGACUUCUUCCCGUGGGUAUAUCAAAACUACAUGGUGAAGGGGCAAUGGGCUGGGCCACAGGGGUGGAUGAGGUGAGGUGGGGGAUGUACUUUCGCUUCAAGCGACGUCGAUGCCGAAAACAAUGAGGAUUAUGUAAGCUGCUGUACCACUAUGAAUACUCCGACGAAAGAAGAAGACAGUCAUGUCAGUGCCUAUCUAUGUUCCAUUACCUUACAACACACAUGUCAAUACAAACAAACACAGCCGUCCUGUGGAUUUUUUGUUUGAGGAUUGAUAUAUUGGGUUUGCGUUAUACAUCUCACCCUUGUCAUGGACAACAAACACAGGUUUAAACACCACUGUGGUAUUUCGAAUAUCUAUCUACACCCACGCUUGAUACCUCUUGGUCUUCUGGAACGCCUGCUUGAACAUGCCAUACCUCUCCGACCUCUUCGCCGCCGCCGACGCGUUCCUUGGCGGGAUACUCUCCCAGCUGCGCGCAUACGUCGCCGUCAUAUGCGCAAUCGCGCGCGAGAACUCAAUCCAUGCGUCGAGAUUCAAAUUGUUGACGG